AUGAACGGGGUCGCCCAUCUGUUCCCAGCCCAUCUGUCUGCCGCCUCCGGUCCUCUUCCACCUUUUCAGCUAGGUCGAGCGCGGGGGUCGAGGGGUCGCGUCGUCAAGAGGACGAGGUUAGGUCAGGUAGUCGCCACCGCCGCCCCUCGAAGACGCGGCGUCGUAAUCCUCGUCGUCAUCAACCUUGCCCGUGGACAUCACCUCGACCUCAUCGUGGACGCCCCCGCGUGGUCGACCCCGCCGUCAUACAUGCCGCAUGAGGCGCGCCCAAUGACCCUGUCGUCGUCCUCGGCCCUAGCCAUAUACGCCGCCGCCUCUUAG